CUGGGAAACCGGCUGUCGGAACAAGUUGCGGGAAGAUGUGAGAACGAACUGUGCAGGGCUUUUAUUGAGAAAGCGUUGGUGCUCUAAACGGGGACGAGUCACAGGGGCACAGGCAUGGCUUUUCUCGUCAGAAAGGCCAAGGGAGGGUGGGCGACGUGUUUUUACGACCCCAGGUCACGUAGCUAUGUGACUGGUCAGCAGGAUUUCGCCAUCAGCCCGCAGUCGGUAUGUUUCCCUCUGCCCACCUCUCCUCGCUGUGCUUGCGGAAUAUUUAACAACCCAAGCACCGAGAACUGCAAGAUUAACCGGGACAACCUGGGCAAGUGUUCAACAGGGUCCCCUUGGGUGACAACAGACCGUGGAAAACAUGGCACGGACCCACGUAACUUGGUGCUUUCAUCUUUCCUAAAGAACUCUUGGUAAUAUAUAACCUUUAAAUCUGAAGUUAUGGAGCAUAUUGGUGCAACUGUAGCCGAGCUUGCUACAGAGUAGCUGUUGUGAUGAACCAACAGCCAGAAAACCCCACCCAUCAGCACCAUUUCCAUGUUCUGCGGAGGAAUUCGGAGGAGUCCCUGGGAUUCGUGGAAACACACCUUCCCAGGCAUGCAAGAGACUGUUCCUCUGACCGAGGCUAAUGCAGUUUUCUGCGUUCUAGAACAGGACUGGCAGUCUUGCCCCGUCCCACCCGUCUGAAGCCGGCACACCCGGCUCGGCCAGGACUCGAAGACCCACUUCCAUGACUGGCAAGCUGAUGUUGGCUGUGGGCAAGAGGCCACAGUUUCUCCCCCCGGGGAUCCACCCAUAGCUCUGUCUGAGCAUCCCGAUGAUCCGGCAGCUGGCUUCCCCCAGAGAGAGUGAUCCCAGGGAAAGCAAGGCAGAAGCCACCACCUCUUAGGACCUCGCCUCAGGAGUCAUGUUGUCUUUCCUGCAGUAUUCUACUGGUCACACGGGUUGGCCCUGUUCAUGCAGGCAAGAAUGAGCAGCCCUUUCCAAAGAGUAUGUGAGGGUGAGGAACCCUCCUUUUUUGUUUGUUAUCCUGGGUUUAUGAGUUGUGGCUUUUAGCCGGACACCACCGAAUCUGACUGGUUAACUGAACAAGAACAGGAACUGGACAGAAGGUGACUGGAUAGUUCUCAGAAUCAACUGGAAGUCUGGAGAACAAGGCUCAGAAAAGGGACAGGAGCCCAGGAGGCUCUGAACCACAAUUAAGGUGCAGCCACAGGAAGCUUUUGGUAAGGAUGUGGCCUGUGGUCCGUGGCACUGAUACUGCUGGGCAUGGCUGGCAGCGGACUCUCACGGCUGGGGCUUCUGAGAACACUCCUGAAACAUCCCUGGAUCUGUGACUCACCCUGAAGAGUCGAAGUCUUGGGUAGGAUUGAUGGUCGGAGCCCGUAGCACCUCCCUGCCACAGUUUGGCUACAGACGAUAACCUUCGCUUUCCCUUGGUUCGCCAUGGAGCCCUUCUGUCCGCUCCUGCUGGCGGGUGUUAGCUUGCCGCUCGCCAAGGCCCUCAAGGGCAACGAGACCACCCCGGCGGUCAGCAACUGGAACUCGACGACCUCAGGCCCUCCUGACCCCCGCGCGCCCCAGCCCCUGCUGGCCUGGCUGCUAUUGCCGUUGUUGCUCUUCGUCCUCCUUCUGCUCCUCGCCGCCUACUUCUUCAGGUUCAGGAAGCAGAGGAAAGCCGUGGUCAGCACCAAUGACAAGAAGAUGCCCAACGGAAUCCUGGAAGAACAAGAGCAGCAACGAGUGAUGCUUCUCAGCAGGUCCCCCUCCGGGCCCAAGAAGUACUUUCCCAUCCCCUUGGCGCACCUGGAGGAGGAGAUCCGCGUCCGCUCAGCAGAUGACUGCAAACGCUUUCGGGAGGAGUUCAAUUCGUUGCCAUCUGGACACAUACAAGGAACUUUUGAACAGGCCAAUAAAGAAGAAAACAGAGAAAAAAACAGAUAUCCCAACAUCCUUCCCAAUGAUCAUUCCAGGGUGAUUUUGAGCCAAGUGGAUGGAAGCCCCUGUUCAGACUACGUCAAUGCUUCCUACAUAGAUGGUUACAAAGAGAAGAAUAAAUUCAUCGCAGCUCAAGGCCCCAAACAGGAAACGGUGAAUGACUUCUGGAGAAUGAUCUGGGAACAGAAGUCUGCCACCAUCGUCAUGUUGACGAACCUAAAAGAAAGGAAAGAGGAGAAGUGCUCCCAGUAUUGGCCGGACCAGGGAUGCUGGACCUAUGGAAACAUCCGUGUGUGCGUGGAGGACUGCGUGGUUCUGGUAGAUUACACCAUCCGGAAAUUCUGCAUACAGUCCCAGCUCCCCGAUGGCUGCAAAGCCCCACGGCUCAUCUCCCAGCUGCACUUCACCAGCUGGCCGGACUUCGGGGUGCCUUUCACCCCCAUCGGGAUGCUGAAGUUCCUGAAGAAAGUGAAGGCCCUCAACCCUGCCCACGCCGGGCCCAUAGUGGUCCACUGUAGUGCCGGCGUGGGCCGGACGGGCACCUUCGUAGUGAUCGAUGCCAUGAUGGACAUGAUGCACGCCGAGCAGAAGGUCGAUGUCUUUGAGUUUGUGUCCAGAAUUCGCAACCAGCGCCCUCAGAUGGUUCAAACGGAUAUGCAGUACACGUUCAUCUACCAAGCCUUGCUGGAGCACUACCUCUACGGGGACACCGAGCUGGAUGUGUCCUCCCUGGAAAAGCACCUGCAGACGCUGCAUAGCACUGCCACCCACUUCGACAAGAUCGGGCUGGAGGAGGAGUUCCGGAAACUGACCAAUGUCCGGAUCAUGAAGGAGAACAUGAGGACGGGCAACCUGCCGGCGAAUAUGAAGAAGGCCAGGGUCAUCCAGAUCAUCCCGUAUGACUUCAACCGGGUGAUCCUUUCCAUGAAAAGGGGUCAAGAAUACACAGACUACAUCAACGCCUCCUUUAUAGAUGGCUACCGACAGAAGGACUAUUUCAUCGCCACCCAGGGGCCCCUGGCGCACACGGUGGAGGACUUCUGGAGGAUGGUGUGGGAGUGGAAGUGCCACACGGUCGUAAUGCUGACGGAGGUCCAGGAGAGAGAACAGGAUAAAUGCUUCCAGUACUGGCCGGCAGAGGGCUCAGUGACUCAUGGCGAGAUAACAGUCGAGAUAAAAAGCGACACGCUUUCGGAAGCCAUCAGCAUGCGGGACUUCCUGGUCACCUUCAAGCAGCCCCUGGCCCACCAGGAGGAGCAGACCCGCAUGGUCCGCCAGUUCCACUUCCAUGGCUGGCCCGAGGUCGGGAUUCCGGCCGAGGGCAAAGGCAUGAUCGACCUCAUCGCAGCCGUGCAGAAGCAGCAACAACAGACGGGCAACCACCCCAUCACCGUGCACUGCAGUGCUGGAGCCGGGCGAACAGGUACAUUCAUAGCGCUCAGCAACAUUCUGGAACGAGUAAAAGCCGAGGGCCUUUUAGACGUAUUCCAAGCUGUGAAGAGUUUGCGACUUCAGAGACCACAUAUGGUGCAAACCCUGGAACAGUAUGAAUUCUGCUACAAAGUGGUACAAGAUUUUAUUGAUAUAUUUUCUGAUUAUGCUAAUUUCAAAUGAAAAUUCCUGCCUUAAAAUAUUUUUUAAUUUAAUGGUCAGUAUAUUUUAUAAAAAUCAUGUUAAUUUAUUUCAUAGUUGACAUUAAUACCCAUCCUAAUUUCUUUGUAUAUAUUUUGUUAUGCUUUAAAGGCCACCAGCUAUAAAGUCAUUAAAUCUUAAAUACCCCUUUUAAAAACUGGAAUAAUAUAUUAAGGUCAAGUAAUAUCCUAUAAAAUAUAUUUCUGCUAAUAUCAGUAAUUAUUUUAAUUUUGCAUCAGGUUCAUCACAUCAUUGAAUUUCACACAUGCAGCACCUCUAAAUGUUAAAAAUCUUAGUAUGCAACAUGUGCUUAUGCAGGAGAGUAAACACAAAGCCCGCUAUUAAGAAAGCGGUCAAGGACUCAAAAAUCAGUUGAAAAUUCUCUUUCCUGACACUGAUUUUACAGCCCCGAGCAGUGGCAUUUUGUGGAAGGUAAAAUGUUCACGAGGAUACACUGUAAAUAGGGAAUUCUGUGAAAUCCUCUGUUGCAACUCAUGUGGUUGAUUUUUACAUUUUGAAGAUCAAAGACUCUGCAGCCUGAAUGCAGGUGUAAAACACGUUAGCGUCGCUGGUGGCUGUAGAGUGAGACUUAAACAUGCGUUUACUCAAGGCUGGGUCCUUGCUGCCUUGGCUAGAAGAGGGGAGAUGUAGGCGCCGGGGGUAAGGUUCGCCCACGGCUUUGGGUACAGCGCAACCAGCUCGCGGGCUGUGCUCCCACGUAGCCCCUUGCUGUCCGUCUGUCUGGGUGUUUGACGCAGAUGACCAGCUGCCUUUCUCACCCUCACCUCCCACUCUGCCCCCGCCGCCCAGCUGGUCUUGAGCUCUCCUAGAGCCUCAACACCAACCACUCCCCAGUCCUAACGUUCAGAUAAAGCCGAACAUCCAACUCACACAGCUGCAAGGAGCACGCGCUUAGGGAGAAAACCACAAGCAAUUAUGCUUUAAACUUUCUGAGAAGCAUUUUGGUAUUUAAAAAAAAAAAAUCUUGUAAAAGCUAAGAUUGUUUGUAAGAAAAGAAAUCUUAAAAUCUAGAUUUAUAUGUUUUUUUUUAAAGUCCCACUCCCCAAUAUUUAAAUAAAAGAAAAAGAGAGAGAAAUCCUUAAAUCUAAAGGCUAACUUAUUUUUGAAUGGAAAUACUACUGAGACCUUUGACACUGGGUAAUAACGAUCUCACUGCCAGACAGGAUUGGUUAGUGGGGCAAAAAAAAGGGGGGGGGGGAGGAUGAAUGUAGAAAAGUUUAAGGACAGUGAUCUUUCUGUGGCCAUACGGUAGCAGAUGAGCAGAUGAGCACAAUAUAAAAAAAAAAAAGACACCUGCUCCGACUUACUAAAAGCAUUUAACAUGUGCAUUUGGGGUACAUUUGUUUUUUGUUUUUGCUUUUUAAAAGAAAUAUAAAGGCCUUAUUUGACAUUUCCGCUGAGAAGUGAUUGUACCCUCCUAUUGCACUAUUCAUCCGGUGUCCGUCCCUGGUGUGCACAAUGCAAACCCAAGGCUGGUUACAUGCGGAUAGUAGCCUCGCGUAAUCAAGCCUCCGCUGCUCCUCUGAGCCCCACCCCAGGGUAAGAGGAGGUGCCAGCAGGAAGGGCAGAAGCACAACUUUGUGACUGCUGCCACCCCCCACCCCCACCCGCCAGCCGCAUCCCUGGGCUACACACGCACUGCUGAAUGCAUCCCUCUCUCCUUCCCAGUACAGUGAGAAUGCAUUGGGGUCGAGGAGGAAAAUGGAGGGAAUUUUGCAAGACUCACCAGCUGGUCCCAUAUGUUUUCAUUGUUAAAACCCCAAGUCCAGAGCCUUUCUUUGACUGAAGGAGAAGAGAGAGAACCAAGCUUUCAUUCGGCACCAAACCCUGGAAACCGAGCCGGCUAGUUGUGGUGAAGGUAACUAAAGUCAAAGUCAGGGAAUGGGUUUGGGUCUAAUUUAGGAACCCUCAUUAGAAUCUGUCAGGCCUUUUAGUGGCCACCUGGCAUCUCUUGGAUGGAGACUAAGAUCAACCUUAGCCGGGGUACCUUUGGGAAAGUGCCCCGUGUGUGUUCUUCCGUCUCCUGUGCCCACUGCAAGCAUCCUGGCACCUGCUGUAGCCCUUCCAAUUCUGGAGACAAAGCAGAAGCCACUGUCCCUUGGAGGCACUGGCCUUUCUGGGGGCCUGGGAACUGUAGCCUCAUGGCCUCUGCCCAUGCCCCUGCACCCAGUCCAAGGCCCCCUCCGGUCCAAACAGUCUCUUUGGGCACUUGGGGACUGGCCGCCCUAUCUGUGCCAGCCAAAAAGCUGACCUCUUCUUCCCCCUCGGUCAAAGUAGGUCCAUUGUACAUAACAAACCAUACCACGUUGACGGCACCAACGCCGCCGUCCUUCCUGUCACGUUUUUGUAUGUUGCAUGCGGUUGCAUUCAAAUGCCAAAUAGCGAUUAGGAGCCUACCGUUCUGAUCGACAAGCUGUACGGUCACUGUGUGACUCACUUUACUGUCUCUCUCCACGUGCUAGACGAAUGAAGAAUGCAUACCAGUGUUUUAAAAGGUAUUUUUAUGUGUUUUUAAAAACUUUUUAAAAUGAGCCUGACAUGUCUGUUUCAGCAUUCCGAGACAUGCCCAUGUUAUUUUUAAAAUGUGUGAUUACUGAUAAUUUUGUUUAACUCAGUUGUGUUUAAUUUAUGUGCAAUCUUUAUAAUAUAUGUAUAUGUAUUCCCAGUUUCAACUAUCAUAUUUUCUUUUAUUACAUCUAUAAUUUGAUCUUGCUCUGAUUAUAAUGCCAGUGAAUGUUGCUGAAUUCUUUGUAUAUGCAAAUUGCAAGAUCUAAAACAUUCUGAUGCAAGGAUAAAUCUUUACUUUGA